CUAUCAUUCAUUCGGUUUCUCUUCUCCGUUCCAUUUCCUGGCGAGCUCAUCAUCAAUUUUCUUCCACUGGCCUGAAUUCAAGUCUUAAACCCCAAACAACAAAAUAAAAAAGAUAGAAUAACAAAAUAAAAAAAUCCUUCUCCCAUGGCAAUUCCUGCAUUUCAAGGCCUCUCCUGCAGAACCCAAUUCAUCUUCCUCCGCCCACUUCCGUACUGUAUUCUUAAGUUUCAGGCAAGGAGUUGCAGCUCUGUUGCGUCUGUUCAGUCAUUAGCUGAACAAAUAAAUGGUUCCAGGGAAGAAAGUAAUGUCCUGAGGAGUUAUUCCGAAGGUCAAGGUGAUUACUAUAGAAAUACUUCUGAAUGGAAGAAAUUGAGUUCUGAAGAGCUAGGUAUACGGACCUCAAUGAUCUCAAAAUCUACUAGAUUGGUCCUUAAUGGCCUUAAGCAAAAAGGAUAUGAUGUCUACCUUGUGGGAGGUUGUGUUCGAGAUCUUAUUUUAAAGAAAACUCCUAAGGAUUUUGAUGUCAUAACUUCGGCUGAGCUUAGAGAGGUGCUGAAAGCAUUUCCACGCUGUGAAAUAGUUGGAAGGAGGUUUCCAAUAUGCCAUGUGCAUGUAGGUGAUGUCAUCAUAGAGGUUUCAAGCUUUACAACCAGAGGAAGGAAGUUUGGAAGGAAUUCAUACCAUGGUGCUAGAAAGCCUCCAAAGUGCAAUGAAGCAGACUAUAUGCGCUGGAAAAAUUGCUUGGGCAGAGAUUUUACGAUAAACGGAUUGAUGUUUGAUCCAUUUGCAAGAAUAAUCUAUGACUACAUGGGUGGACUCGAAGACAUUAGAAGGGCUAAAGUACGAAGUGUGAUUCCUGCAGGUACCUCAUUCAUGGAGGACUGUGCACGCAUCUUGCGUGGGGUGAGGAUAGCAAGCCGUUUGGGCUUUCGUUUUUCACGAGAAACCGCACAUUUUGUAAAAGAAUUUGGAUCCUCACUGUUAAGACUUGACAGGGGACGCAUACUAAUGGAGAUGAAUUAUAUGCUAGCAUAUGGGUCUGCAGAAAAAUCAUUAAGACAACUGUGGAAGUUUGGAAUUUUAGAAAUUCUUCUACCACUGCAAGCUGCUUACUUUGUUUCCCAAGGUUUUAAAAGGCGUGAUAAGAGGUCUAACAUGCUUCUGUCUAUGUUUUCCUGCCUGGAUAAACUUUUAGCACCUGAUCGGCCUUGCCACUCAUGUUUAUGGAUUGCAAUCUUAGCGUUCCACAAAGCCUUGUCGGAUAGACCUCGGGAUCCAUUGGUGGUAGCUGCUUUCAGUAUUGUUUUACACACUGGUGGGUCAUCUUCUGAUGCAUUAGGCAUAGUGAAGAAGAUCUCACAAUCACACGAUACAAGGUUUCCUGAGCUGUCUGUAGAUCUCAAUCUGAGCUCAGAUGAGGAGCUAUUGAAUGAGGUCAUGGAUCUAUCGGUUGAUGUGAAAUGUACACUACAGCAGAUGUCAGAUGAACGUUUUGUUUCCAGAGCGCUAAUUAAGUAUCCACAAGCACCCCAGUCCAGUAUGGUAUUUAUUUCACCGGCACUAUUACAGAAGGUGUGUUCAAUUUUUGAGUGUGUGAGAAGAGUAAAGGAAAAUGGUCAUGCCCAAAGACGAGGCAGCAAGAUUGACUAUGAUGCCCUUGCAUUAGGACGACUGUAUGAAGUUAGACAUAUAUUUGCGAGAGUGGUUUUUGAUACCGUAUAUCCUCUGCAACUCAAACAUGACAAUUCCACAGACACCAAUCUUGAUGUACCAAAAUCGGCAGUAAAUGCCAUCGGGCCGAAUUGCAAAGAUAGCUGAAAAACAGCUAUCUUCAAUUAGAUUUUAACAAGUGUUAUCGCUGUAAUGCUCUUGCAUGACCAAUAUUUAGUCAAGUACUCUUUCGUUUCAAGAAAAGUCAUGUUUGUAAUGCCUUGUUAGAAGCUGUUCACUUCACCUGA